UGAUUACUAGAAUCGAUUACUCUACUUGCCACUAGGUCAGCCAGGAAAAGUAAUCGAGCAAGGAUCGGAUUUUGUCUGGGAGAGAAACGCUGUCAAAAUGCCUCUCGGUCGAUUAUUGUUGCGGACUUCAACUGUCAAUAAGAUGAUUAGCAGAAAUUCCUUUGUAGCUUCCAAACCGGAUCCAUCCAAGCCGAACAUGCUGAGAGUAGGACUGGCAUUUGGGAGCACAGCUGUCUUGUGGGCACUGCUGUUUAAACAGCACAGCACUGAUGUGCAUGAGUACAAAACAAGGAAUGGGUUACAGUAAUUCAUGAGGCCAUGGCAACACUUGCUCUGUGCUUUGUGGAUCUUCUGCUUUUCCUGUUUCAAUGUUCUUCUGCAUUUGAAGGAUGUACAAUAAUGUUUAUUAAAGAUGUGUAUAUAUAUAACAUG